AAAUUACAGUCAACCAUUGUACUACAAUCAUCCUAACGAUCUAAUAUAUCAUUUAUACUAUACAUAAUUUCUAAUAACACCAAAACACUCUAAACCUAGCCACAGAUAAUUAAUGGCGUCACGUUUUAAGUGAAUAGCAGCCAGCUAUGGGAGCCAUAGCACCUGAGUGGCAAUAACAGUGCUACAAAAUACGAGUAAAACUGCAAAUAAAACGUAUAUACAUAAUAAACCUGUACAUAAUGACUCCCCAUAUACGAUCGCCCCUGCGUGGUUCAAUUCAGUUAGAUUGCCUUUUAUUAUCGACACCCAUGGCUCGUUCGGCUGAGCUGUAAACUUGUUCGAAACGACCCUAUAUACAACGGACGUUCAUCGGUGGCUUGGUUCGAAACCCAGGUAUAAAUUCGUGGAGGACAUUAAGCGAUGAUCACGAAUGGGAAAUCGAUCGUCAUUCCUAAAUGCACUUUGACAUUACCCUGCGUUAGUCGUAAUCGACCGCGAUACAGUAUUACCGUCUAUAGUCAAUGGAGCACGUUAACGUCAUGUCCCCUGCUCGUUUAUCACGUCUAUUGCGUUUCAUUACCACCGAGUGGUUUAAACUAACGUUAUUUCAAUUGUAUAACGCAGAUUGAGGAGGCGCGUUGAUACGAUUUUCGGAUCAAGUCGUUCCUGGCUUGUUCGAGUUUCGUUGUCUAUGUUUAGACCUGGUCCAGCUGACGUCGAUAAACUAGCCUGGAUCCGAACGCUUCCGUUAUACUUGCCAGCCCUCUACUAUACAUUCUUCCUUAUUAUACGAUCGGGAGGCAAGUGUCGUGAAUGAAGCUACGUCUUGCGCUAGAUUUAGCUUAGAUUUUAGCUGUUUGGGCAUCAAACUUUAUUGAUAUCUGGAGUAUUUGAUUAUUUGAACGUCAUCUCAUCCUGUUUGUAUGCUAGGAAACGAAUACCUUCACGAAUGCAGAACAGGUUGACUAAUGCUAGGCGUCCAUUUUGAUGGAACGCAGGUGAAUCAGAAAGAAAGUAAGACUAAUCACGAUUUUCCAUUAUUCCUCUAUUAAUUAUAUGAAAUUAUAUAUUGAAUAACGAUUCAAUAGUCUCAGAUGCAAGGCAAGAAAUCCCUCAGGUAGUGAGGAUGACCUAGCAAUGGUGGGAGUGAGAGAGAGCAUGGUACCCUUGCUCAGAUGUACAAUAUUUCUUCUUAUCUGUUCGCAGAUGUGGCAGUUAAGGUAUUGGAUAUACCUGUUACUGAUAGCGUUAUCAGUGGCGCCGGUGCAGAGGGUCACAGCAUGCUCCUGCAUUAGGAACCAUCCACAGGAACUGUUUUGCAAUUCAGACUACGUGGCGUUGGUCAGAGUGAAGAAGGCGACGAACGUGAACGAGUAUCAGAUUGGCUACAGCGUGAAGAUCAAUAAAAUCUUCAGGGUAAAUAGCAGAUCGUCGUAUGCAGCGUUGAAGAAGAACAUUCUAUGGACCGCCUCGUCGGAGAGCGUCUGCGGAGUCGACUUAAAAGUCGGCGAGACCUACGUUGUCGGAGGCAACACUCACGGCGAUAACGCGCACGUAUCAAUCUGCGGUAUCACGAUGCCGUGGCGUUCCGUUACCAGCAGGCAACGGAAGGGUUUCAGGCAUCUGUACCGUUUCGGUUGCAUGAAGUGUGGCAUCCAUUAUACACCUUGGCGGUCGAAGGGUGCCGCUUUGGAGCACACGGACGGUAAGAAGUGCCUAUGGGAGAGCAGACCAGGCCCUGAGGAUUGCCAGAGGGACUAUGGUAUAUGCAUGCCAGGACAAGGUGGCGUGUGUUCCUGGGUGCCAUCGGUCCCAUACAAAAACUGUAUCAAAGAGCACAAGCAGGCCCGCGAGCAACAGAGAGCACGAGAACCAUAAAUCCUGCUGUUCACAUGGGGUCCGACAUAGGACGAUUGACGUGAAGAGAGAAAUGUUCGUUGGAAAUUGACGCUGCUUAGAGAGAAACGAAGUGGCUUGGUUUUAUUUGUUGAAGAGGACCCUGGUGGGCGUUUUCAACAUCGAUUUUGGCCAUUUCUCUAGUUGUACAUAUUAGGCUGUUGAUGUAUAUUACGCAUUUUUUAAAUUAUUCUCAUUCUCAUUUGUACCUAGCUUUGCUCUUUUUUUUAUAUAAGAAGCUGCAGAAGCUUAUUUAAUUAUUUAGUCGUUUACAAACCUUUAAAUAAUGAAAUAAUGUAAUGAUGAAUUCAUUGAUUCAAUUAGUAAGUGCUUGAAAAAAAUUAAUUAAACAAAUUGUCAUUUAUUUGAAAAUUCUUAUAAAAUCUUUUAAUUAAAUCAAAGAUUAUUAAAAAAUUAUGAAUGAUCUGAGUUUGAUUUUGUUUUUUUUACUGAUUAUUUUAUUUCAUUAUUUAGAGGAAGUACCGAGGGUCAU